AGCUGAUUGGGAUAUAUGAAAUUUUGAAGGAACUGAUUCUCGUACAUUACUGUAUGCUGCUGUAAGAUGGGCAGCAAUGACAACUCAAUACCAAUAUACAGUGGAACUCGCUCCACCUCUUGAUGUUCAAUCAACUGAAGGGAGAAGUGAUGCGGUGUUAAAGUUGAUGCAUUAUGUCCCCAAAAGAAUCUCUCUUGAUAUCCAAGAAUUACAGUUGAGGUCGUUAUUAUGGUAUCUUGACCCUCAAAAUCUUGUAAAAGAUGUGUCACAAGUAUUGCAGGAUGCUAUUGGGAGAUCCUUCAUUUGUCUGAGUGAAGAACUAUAUGAAAACAUGGAAUGGCGAUCUAUUAUAAUUUGCUUGGCCCUUUCUCCACUAAUGUUUACUGAAACCCGAGCUUUACUGCAUCGCUGGUUUCUAUUGACGGGCCUAGCUUCUGUUUUAGAGCUUCAAGUUGAACUAGUUUCUAUGGUACUAGAUCUGCUCUCAAGGCCAAUGAGGUGGGGUUUAACUGCAGAAGUAGGAUCACAGCUGCCAUUUUCAUAUGCUUACUUUCUCUUCAAGCACCAGUUAAUCAGAACACUGUCUGGACCAUUGUCAUUUGGUGGAUUUCUGGAGUUGGUUCAAAAAAUAAAAAAGUCUGUUUCUCUUACGAAGGGGAAGCUUAAACAUUUUGCAACAACAAGCUCCAUGGUGGAUCACAAAUCUACAUGGGCCAUGGCAAUGUACUUCCCAAAUUGGUUUUAUUUUGCUGCAUUGCUACUGUCUGGAAAGAGUCGCAGUGACAGCUUUUUUGGCCACUUAAACAAGGAUAAUCAACUACAGACAUCAUGUUCAGCUGCUGCAGCGUGGUAUAUUGCAUGGAUUCUAGAUCCCAUUGACGAAUCAACCUCUGGGCUAUUGGCUAAAAAGUUGGAAAAGUUAUCAACAACUUUGAUUAAUAAGCAUUCGAGCUCAUAUGAACCUAGAAAAACAACUGGUUCCUAUGCGAUAAAAUCUAAGAAAUCUAAACCAAAUGACAAGCCAGACCAUAUAUAUGAUAAAUAUACGGGUCAAACUAUUCGAAUUUGGCUUGAAGGGUUUGAAACAGUUGUUACAAAGAACAGUGUGAUGUUUAGAAAGAUUACAUUAGGCUUUUUAAUUGGAUGUUUUGCUUCCAUAAAUGAAGAUGAAUGUGAACUGCUUCUUCAUUAUGCUGCAACUGGUAAAAUUCUUCACUCAAAAGGAAAUCAGCAUACUGGAUUAAAGCAAAAAAGAUGGAAUACUGAAGGGAUUGAUAAGUCAAAUCGAAAGGAGGUUGUUGCAGGUGCUUGUAUUGUGUUCAAUUUGACCGAUAUCACAGAAGGGAUGUCAGAUUCAAUUUUCGAGACUCGAGAGAUUGCAGUUGAUUUAAUUUGCCAGAUCAAACAAAAGGUCGUUAAAUAUCUGCUUAAGUGUGUCAAAAGGCUGCUCGAGUUUGAAUUCGAUCAAAAAUUUGUUAUCUCAAUUAAGGAUCUACACAGAAGAAUGUUGCGGUGGAGACAUCAAGGAAAUGAUGUUUUUCAUGGUUACAACGACUUCAAUGAUGCUAUUGCUGUGAUUGCUAGUAAGUUAUCUUAAAAUAUAUUCUUAUUGUACAUUGUACAUUUUAUG